AUGGACCUACGAAGCAGGUGCAGCGAGGAUUGUCCAAUGGGCAGAAGGACGAUGUUUUGGAGUGGAGGAUGUGGCGCUUCCCAAGGAGCUGCAGGGCGAUCACAAAGUCCAACCGCAUCGCCGAUGGGAUUAAGGCUGGAAAAGAGUAAGUACGGAAUUGAUGUAAUGACAACAAUGUACGUUUUGACCUUCCCGCUCACGAAGGACAACGGCGGACGUGACCUUGACAACCCGCACAGUAUCCCGCUGUCCCUCAAGUCGGUCAUCCUGUGCGUUCUCAAGCGAAUUGCUUCUAUCUCAACAAGAACAAGUGCCAUUAUUGAGAAGAAUGCCGUGCUCCGUAAGCGUUUUGAAACUUUCAAUGACUUGGAAAAGAAAAACAAGGAACUAAAAAAACGUUUACGCUCUUUUGAAUUGAAAGAAGUUUCUCAUCCUCCUAGCUCUGAUCCCACAUCUAAUAAAGCCCUACCGCAUGAAGAGAUUGAAAGGAGGCGAUCGAUUGUGAUAAGCGGUAUCCCUGAGAUUCAUGAUAGUAAUUGUUUCGAUAGGAUGCACUAUGAUUACCAAAGUGUUCUCAAUAUACUUUCACAUUUGGAUGUUGAUUGUUAUCCAGUUGCUGUCUAUAGACUAGGUAAAUGGAUUCGCGGUAAAAAUGGAUCAAUCAAGGUGAUCCUUCCGUGUUCUAUGUAUCAAAGGAUUGCUGCUAUGAGGGCUCGCCGCCUCAGCUCCUUUCCGGAAAGUAGUGUGUUCCUCAGAGCAUCACUUACUUUAAAGGAAAGGUUGAGGAGGCGGGAGAGCCGAUUGUCGCGCUCCCGUCCUGUUGUUCUUCAUCAAGAUGUCGGCGCUGUUCAUGUUCCACCACCUGUAAUUCAAUCGGAAAACUGUCUUACCAAUUGCUCUACUGGGAAGUUUCAGAAA